UUCUCUCUGCAGUUGAGUUGGAGCCCAGGCUGGUUUUGUGAGACGAAGUGCGGCAAAACAAAACACAUAUCGGAGUUGGAAAAGGCGGAUUUUGGCAUAAACUGGUAUGUGAAUGGUUUGGUUGGAAAUGGAGACAGGAAAUGAGGAAGACAUGGAUUUUGAAGGGUGGACGCCAGUGGGGAGAGGAAGAGGGAGAGGACGGGGAAGGCAUAAAACAGAUGAAGGAAAGGAAAUGGGUGAUAUUCAAGGAAAUAAACGAGAACUGGAAGGAAGUAGUUCAGAAGAAGAAAGGAUAGUUAGGAGGAAAGUUGUGAGGGAGGAAUUUAAAAUAAUAUUAAAACUUAAGAACGAAGAAGAACAGGAUAACAUCAGCCCCAUUGUGGUGUCAAGAGAAAUAAAAAAGAAAAUUGGAGAUGUUGAAAUGGUAAAGAUUUUGAGAGAUGGAAACCUAUUGGUAGUUUGUAAAAAUGAAGAACAAAAAAAUAAGGCUUUAAAUGUGGAUAAUAUAUGUAAAAAAACUGUGUUGGAGAAAAAAAUUGUGGGAGAAAAUAAAAAAACUAGAGGAGUGAUUUAUGGGAUCCCUCUAGAUGAAGAUCUUGAUAAAAUUAAGCAAAGUAUUGUAGGAGCAAAAGUAAAUAACUUGAAGAGAUUGUCAAGAACAAUAAAUGGAGAAAGAGUAGGAAGUUUGUCAAUCCUCAUUGAAUUUGAAGGGAAAGAAUUGCCACAAAACAUCAAAAUAGGUUAUCUUAGUUUUCAGGUCAGACCUUAUAUACCUCCACCACUUCGUUGUUUCAAGUGUCAAAGAUAUGGACACAUAGCAGCAGUUUGUAAAGGGAAGCAAAGAUGUCCAAAAUGUGGUGAAGAUCACAAAUUAGAAGAGUGUAAAGAAGAAGCACAAGAAAAAUGUUGUAACUGUGGAGGGCAACAUAGAGUUACGUAUGGAGGAUGUGAGGUAAGGAAGAAGGCAAAAGAAAUUAUACAGAUUAAAACAACUAAAAACAUUAGUUAUGCGGAAGCUGUUAAAAAUGUGAAGGAGCAGACAACAAGAAAGAGUGAACAAAUAGCGAGCCAAAUCCCACAGCAAAACAAGGUACAAUCAGAAGAUAAUAUCACAGUAUCAGUAGAAAAACUAAUAUUAUUUGCAGCAUAUGUUAUCAACUGCACUGACCAAGCCAAGCAUAAAACUGAGAAAAUUAAAAUAAUAGUGAGAGGAGCUGAAAAGUUUUUGGGGUUUAAAGAGGGAUCAUGGGAGAACAUAAACAAAAAGCUGGAGGUAGAUGGUAGAUCAGGACCACCAGGUGAAAAUAAUUAAUGCUAAUAUUACAAUGGAAUGCAAGAAGUUUAAUUGCUAACGGACAGGAACUUAAAGGUUAUGUUGAUAGUCUUGAGGAUAAACCAGAAAUUAUUUGUGUUCAGGAAACAUGGUUAAAAACAACAUUAGAUUUUGUGAUUAAAGGAUAUAAUAGUGUUAGAAGAGACCGACAGGAGGAGAGAGGUGGAGGAGGAUGUGGAAUAUUUAUAAAACAAGGGAUACAAUAUCAGGUAUUAGGGAAAGGGAAAGAACUUGAAUAUAUAGUAAUUGAAAUAUGGGAACAAGAAGGCAAAUUUAAAAUAAUAAAUUUUUAUAAUCCAUGCAAAACAUUAUCGAUUGAAAUAUUGGAGGAGUUAACCGAAUAUUUGGAAGGGAAAAUAAUUUGGUGUGGGGAUUUUAAUGCAAAUAGUACAUUGUGGGGUAAAAGUAAUGAUAAAAAUGGACAAGUUAUAGAAGAAUUAA